AUGAUCUGGGCGCUUGCCACCAGAAGCGCGGGCUCCAAGAUAGCAAGCUACCGUGACCCGAGGAACCACGUUGGUGACUCGGAGCAAGUCUGUGCAUCAGUCACUGCACUUCCGUACCAGCGUUUAACAACCAUAUCCACAUGCUGGCCGCCGAUACCGGCGUGUGGAAGCGCAUUGGUGAAGGAAGUCAUGGUGAUUAGCGGCAAGAAGAGGAAGGCUGUUCCUGGAUGGGAUGUGUGUGCCAAUUUCAAGGAGGAAUACGACGUUGGUGUUGCAAUUUCCAUUGCUCAUAAUGGCAAACGGUUUUUGAUGGAAGAAAAUAUCUCGAAAGGUGAUCUAGAUGUCGAUGAGGACUAUUUCCCAGACCAUGAUGAAGAUUGCCAUGGUCCCAUGGAUACAGAGGAAAACAGAGCAGGCAUUUAUCUGGGACUGUUGUAA